AUGGUUGUUCUAUCUGACCUUUCACAAGGAUCUUCAUCUUCUUCAUCUACUCAUGGUCAUAGAUAUGAUGUAUUUUUAAGUUUCAGAGGUCUUGAUACUCGUAAUAGUUUCACUGCAUACCUUCAUAAGGCCCUCAUGGAUGCCAAUAUCGCUACCUUCUUAGAUGAUGAAGAGAUCGAAAUUGGGGAUGAUCUGAAACCAGAAUUACAGAGUGCUAUUAAAGCAUGUAGGGCUUCUGUUAUCGUGCUGUCUAUGAAUUAUGCUUCUUCAACAUGGUGUCUUGAUGAAUUGGUGCUGAUUCUUGAGCAACGUAUGACAUCCAACCAUGUUGUUUUCCCUAUCUUUUAUCAUGUUGAGCCGACCGAUGUCAGGAAACAACAAAGUAGCUUUGGAGAUGCAAUGGCUAAACACAGAGAGAAGAUGGAGGCAGAGACAGAUGCUAAUAAAAGAAGUAAAUGGUCUCAAAAGAUUGCCAGCUGGAAAAAAGCGCUUAGAGAAGUUGCUGAUUUAAGAGGGAAGGACGUUAAUGGCAGGCGAGAGACAGAGUUUAUUGAAGAAAUUGUUAAGGAUAUCUACUCGAGAUUAUGUAUAUCCUCAAGGAGACCUCUUCCACAGAUUUUUGGGAUGGACAAUUCCAUUGAAUUUCUCACUUCUUGGUUGAAAGAUGCAUCAUCACAUACGGCAGACAUACUCACUAUUUUGGGUAUGGGUGGGAUCGGGAAGACAUCUUUAGCUAAAUAUGUCUAUUUGUCUCAUUUUCGUGAUUUCGACACAAGCAGCUUUAUUGAAGAUAUCAGUAGGAGAUGUAAUGAAAAACUUAAUGGGUUAAUUGAUUUACAAAAAGAACUCUGUGCUGACAUUUUGAAACCAAGUCUGUUGCAAGUUGCUGAUGCUUCUACAUACACCUCAAUGAUAAAUAAUGCAGUGUCCAGUAAAAAGGUGUUUCUAGUUCUUGAUGAUAUUGACAAUCUCGACCAAUUGAAUGCAUUACUUGGAAGCAAUGGUUUUCAUGCAGGGAGUAAAAUCAUUAUAACAACAAAGGAUGCGUGGUUGACAGAGAGUUGUGAACUAUUCAAAAUGAGACUUAAGCCCAAGCAUGCAACGCACGAACUUAAAGGCUUAAGUUAUAUUCAAUCACAACAACUUUUCUGUUUUCAUGCAUUCCGGUCGUACUCUCCUAAGGUAGGUUACGAAGAGGUGUCAGAAAAGCUUGUGAAGUAUUGUGAAGGACAUCCAAUGGCUCUUAAAAUUUUGGGUAGGUCUCUAUAUAAUCGAGAUAUAGCUUAUUGGGAAGGGUACAUAAAAGAGAUAAAGAAAGAAAAUUGUUCCCCCAUCAAUAAUGUCUUGAGAAUGAGCUUUGACUCUUUGUCAUUUAAAAAUGAUAAGGAGUUGUUUAAGCAUCUUGCUUGUUUUUUUGUUGGAAUGGAUAGAGAUGUUACUGAAACAAUAUUAAAGGCAUGUGAUAUAGAAACAAGAUCCGGGAUCACGAAUCUCAUUGACAAAUGCCUUCUCAAUAUUGAAUGGAAUAACAAACUGAUGAUGCAUCAAUUGCUUCAAGAGAUGGGAAGAUUUGUGGUACGCGAAGAAUCACCCGAGAAGCCAUGGAAGCGAAGUAGAUUAUGGUGUCAUGAGGAGUCGUUCAAAGUGUUGAAACAAAAAAAGGGUAAAGGAAAUCUUUUAGGCCUUGCCCUUGACAUGCAAAUGAUUGAGAAAGAGAAGUCACAUUCAUCAUUUGAGCUGAAAACAGAUGCAAUGAGUAACAUGGUUAAUCUGAUGUUAUUACAACUCAAUUAUGUCCACAUUAAUGGCUCCUACGAGAACCUUCCAAAAGAAUUACGAUGGUUGUGUAUGCAUGGGUUCCCUUUGAAGUCUGUACCUUCAGACCUGCCGAUGGAGAAUCUGGUUGCUCUUGACAUGUCAUAUAGCAAUAUUGAAUCAUUUGGCAAUGGUUAUAAAUAUCCACGACUUCAAAAGAGGCAAAAGUUGGAUGGAUUGUGCUUAAAAGACAAAAGCUUGUUUGGAUCAUUGAAGGUUCUUAACUUAAGUUUCUCGCAUAAGCUUCGUAGUCUGGGUGGCUUUGACGAACUCCCUGCACUUGAGAGGUUAAUACUUACAAACUGCACUGGUUUGUUCGAGGUUUGUGAUUCAAUUGGUGAAUGUGUUGAACUUGUGCACAUUGAUAUGAGCUAUUGCAACAAGCUUGAAAAACUUCCAAAAAGCUUAGGAAUGUUAAAAAAGGUUAAAACACUAUUGUUAGAUGGUUGUAAUCUCGGUGAAUCUCGGAUAAGGAUUGCGCAUAUGGAUUCAUCGAACAAUAUUUGUACAAACAAACUAACCUCUUCAUCCUUCGUUCUCGAGGCUAUACCAAACGAUUCAAAGUUCUUUGUGAUUUCUUUACCAAGCUUAUUGGUAACCUUGUCUCUUAAGGAUAAUAAUUUGUCUGCGGAAUCCUUUCCUGUGGAUUUCAGUUGCCUAUCCAUGUUGAAGAAAUUAUAUCUAGAUGAAAAUCCUUUGGUUUCCCUGCCUUAUUGUGUGCGAAGCCUUCCUAGGCUUGAGAUACUUAGUAUGAUAAACUGUUAUAUGCUGAAGUCACUUGAGCAUCCUCCACAUACACUAAGAAAGUUGUUCCUCUUUUCUGACCAUAAGCCUUCGCUGAGGAAAAUUUUAUUUGAUCCAAAAAUGUCCCCUCUCACAUUUUUUAUUAAUAAUAAGAUGUUUCCAGCUCCUUCACUUGAAAUUGAAGGCAUGAUCAAAAUCCAACCAAUGGCAAGUGUUGAGAAAAAGGUAUUACAUUGUUUGGGUUGGACUAACUUAGACAUUUCUAAUGAAAGGCGCCUGCGGACUGAUGUUGAGCAUUAUUGGCCUACAGGAUUACAGGAAUCUGAAAUCCAGAUGUAUUAUGAAUUUGGAAUAUUUAGCACGAUUUAUGAAGGUGAAGAGAUGCCGAGUUGGAUUACAGAUAGAAGCACGGGGCCAUCGAUGUUAUUUACCAUUCCAUCAUCUCCUAAAAAACUCAGGGGAUUGAAUCUAUGCUAUGUGCAGAGUCCUCUAUUUCACGAUGUGAAUCAGAGCCUUAAAGUUGUAGAUAAUGGGUUCUUUUAUUUGCCAACAGUCACGAUUGAUAAUAUAACGAAGAACCGCACCUGGACAUAUGAUCAUUACAUUGACAUAGUCAAUGUUAGUGGAGAUUCUCUUAUAGUAUUAAGCCAUUGGAUGUUUGGUAUGAAUGAGAUGGAAGAUGGUGACCACAUUACUCUUACUGUUGGGUCUAAUCAAGUUAUAAAAGAGUGUGGAGUUAGUCUUGUGUAUGAUGAUGAUGGAGAAGAAAAAGAAGAUGUGUUGGGUUAUUACAAGUCAUGGAAUCACAUUAUUGGUGGAGAUCUCACUGGAUUUCAGUCAACAACUGGAAAAUACGACCUAACCAUAAAGAAAUUUUUCGCAUUUGGCUUUGACGACAUCAGCAUCUUUUCAGGUGAUGAAAUACACUUCAGAGCUUUCUCUCAACAGAAGUCUAGCAUACCGGAAGGAUUACGAUUAGGAUGAAACGAAAUACAAAAAGUAGCGACAUACUUUGCAGUGAAUGCUUGGAACUUAGGAUUUCUGAUUUUGGGUAGUGGAUACUUCAGAGCCUCCUUGGGGCCAAUAUCAUACAGUACACUUGUCUUAUUUUCACUAUACAAGUGUUUGCAAGAAAAUCUUUGGGAUUCCCACAUUGUAUUUGAAGCUAAGUCCCAAGCUAAAAGACUGUAUCAAGUCCAAAGUGAUGGUAGAAAUCCAAGCAGUAGCAGAAUUGAGAAAUCUUAACCAAUAGUUGAGAGUCCAUAAAGUUAUGGCAAUUCCUCGCAUUUCUGAGGACGAUCAAUUCUAGAAAGAUGCAUGAAUGAGAUUGAGUUUGAAAUAUCCCAUAGUUACUGUCUUUGUGUGUUCUAAUUAUGUACAUAUGUUAACAACUGAUUUGGAUGGGUAAUAAAGAAC